GAGGGAUAUUGUGGAGCGCUUUAACAAUCCCAGCAAAGCGGUUGGAGACGAGAGAGACUGAGGAAAGAUGAAUUCUUUCAUCCUGAUGUCGCUUUUUGCCUCGGUGGUCGUCGGAAAGUCACCUCGGCUCAAAUUUGUCUUGCACGAGCCCUCCAGGUUCCACUUCCACAAGCCCGAGAACUACAUCAGCAUGUACCACCCGGAGGGGAGUGAUACGCUGUACGUGGGCGGCCAGGCGAUGAUCUAUGUGUUGACGUUCACUAACAGAGGGGUCCGCGACCUGCAGAUCCCAGCGGCCUCUGAUCAGACUGCGAUUGAUACCUGCAAGGCAAAGGCUGCACCACUCGAGCUGGAGUGUGAUAAUUUCAUCACCGUCAUUCAGAAAGUAAAUGACACACUCAUAGUAUGCGGGACAAAUGCUGGGAGCCCCAGGUGCUGGAUGCUGGUAAAUGACACCGUGCUGACUGACGUCCAAGGGCAGAUAGCGUCACCCUCUGACAUCUCACCACCAUACCCUUCACAGAAGUCCAUCAGUCUGCCUGCAGAUGGGAGUCUGUAUUCUGCGAUGUCGUCUGUGGCAGGUCACGCCGGCUCGAUCAGGCGUACGUUUGGCUCCCAGAAACUCCUGAAGACGGAGAACAUUUGGCUGCUGAAUCCACAGUUUGCUGGUGCAGCCAUAAUCCCAUCCACUCUAAAGUACAAGGAGGAGAUCUACUUCUUCUUCAGUGAGUUCAACAAGACAGCCAGAGUGGACGAGGAACCUUACAGGGCACGCAUUGGAAGAAUCUGCACGGUGGAUGAAGGUGGCAUCAAAGCGCUGCUGGAAAACUCGUGGACCACCUUCAUGAAGGCACGGGUGAUGUGUGGUGCAGGAAAUACUCAACAGCAGUACAACAACAUGAAGCAGGCCGUGGUGCUGACGGCUCAGGACAAGAGGGCAGGGGUCCUGUACGGCCUGUUCUCCAAUGCAUGGGGCAGAAAUGUGAUCUGUGCAUACUCCAUCGAGGAUAUCGACCAAGCAUUUUCUACGUCCAAGCUGAAGGGCUACAGCAGUCCAUUCAUCGGCACUCGCCCUGGGAUGUGUGUCAGCAAAAACUCGACAACAGGAGGUCACAAUGACAUCAAGAACCUGGGGGUUAUCAGAUACCACCCAGAAAUAGAGGACGUGAUCCGGCCUGUUGGUGUGGCUCCCCUGGACCUGCCCACGGAUGACGAGAUCACUCAUAUUGUGGCGGAUAUUGUCCUGGCAGUCAACGAUGAGCACUACAGCGUGCUCUACCUAGGAACAGAUCAGGGUAAAGUCCUCAAAGUUCUCCACAGCAGCGAGGGGGUCUUCAUCGUUUCUCAAUACUCUAUGUUUCACAAUGAAGGACCCGUCCUGAACAUGGCCAUCGACUCUCCAAAGGGCCAUCUGUAUGUUGGUACAGCCAUGGAGGUCCAGCGGGUUCCUCUGGCUGACUGUGGUCGCUAUGGCGACACAUGCAGAGAGUGCAUCCUAUCCCGGGAUCCAUACUGCGCCUGGGACAGGGCCAGGAGGAAGUGCAUCGCCAUCCCGCCUGGAUACAACGUCACGUCUGGGGCGCUCAUUCAGAAUCUGGACCAUUCCAACUCGUCGGUUUGUGGGGAAGCUGCUGCUCUGAAACUGCGUCGAACCUCCCCCAAGGAAGUGGUGGUGCCUUCAAACACCUCCAUCUUUCUACCUUGCCCCGUGCGCUCCUUCCAUGCCACCUAUCGCUGGGAGAAAGAUAACUGUGUCAAGAACUAUCCCUGCAUCUUCUCUGGGGACUUCUGCGUCCUGGGACCAGUCGUCGACACGCCCCUGAAGGAAGGCGUUUUCCGUUGCAUGGCCACCGAGGACGGGUUCAAGGUGGAGGUUAUCUCCUUCAGGCUGGUGAACAACGGCAGGCUCAUCGCUGCCUCCCUGGCCUCCACCUUGGGGCUGUCGCUCCUCCUCGCUGUGGCCACCCUGUGGCUUCAUUAACUGCAGCUAACGCUAAUGCUAACCCCUCAUCCUUACGGGCUCCCAAUGACAGGAAAGGCGAGGAGCCGAUGUUAGGAGGUGAGGUUCGCAGAGCAUUGAGGUACUUGGUUUGGCUGGAUGGUGACAAUUCACCUCCUUCCUAAUUAAUUUUUAGAGAAACCGUUGAGAAAACGUCUGUAAAUGAGGGAUGAAAUUCUGUAUUUUUUUGCAUAAAUCUACAUAUCUUAGUAAGAUCAGACUUGGGAAAAACUCGCCAUUGAUAUUCAGAUUAGAGGAGUUUUUGUUCAUGAAUUGAAUUGCUUCAGUCAUACUUCGGUGCUUUGCAAACCUUUCCUCUCUGACUUAAAGAGAUAAACAUAUCGUAUGAGUUGGGCAAAAAACACCAAUACCAGGCCAAUUCUUUCAUCAUUUCUCUACUUAUUUUCAAAUUGACUUGAUUGUGCUUAUUUGUGAAUCUAUAAACCUUUAAUACUGCUCUUACAUUCAUUCAUACAUCUUGUUAAAGUUCAUUGGUAUAGCUCAUUAGUACUUAGAAAAAUGUCUGGUAUUGAGAUUAAAAAGCCUUAACACUUCUGGGACAUAAACUCCUAAGCACAAUUUUGCAGUUGAGGCAGAACACUGCAGGCUUGGUUGGACUUGGCGCUAUAAUUAGUGCAGCUGAGUCUAUCAACAUCGCUGGGAGGAAGUGUCAGCUAUUUGACAGGAAGUAGGCGUAUGGGCAAAAGCUCAUUUUCCAACAUCACUGUGUCUCAGCACCUCCUCUUCAGACAAGGCAGUUUCUUGCAUCUUUUUAUCAGAUGGUAUCAGACAUCAUUAUUACGCCUUGUUCACAGCUUUGUCCAUUGUUUGUCUUUAUUUUUGUAUCUUCUGUCCUCCCCCCCAGAGCAUCGAAACCCUCGCUCUUACAGGAUGUGAAAAACACAACGCCUACAGGAAGAUAUAACUCCAUGUUAGCAUUGAAGCAUCUCUGAAUCUUUCUGUAAGAGAGGAGUUAUCGUAAAACAUUGGAUAAUUACGUGAAUUUCAAUCAAAUAACAUGAAAGUUAAAUUUUGGUACAAACAUGAGAAAGCUUGGGUAACACUUUACAAGAAAGCACACUUAAAUUGCAUAGUUACCAGGUAACAAGUAAGCAACAAACAGUCACCACUUAAGAAACUGAGUUUGAGUUACAACUAAAAAAGCACUCCAAGAGCUUAGACCUCUGCCAUUAGUCCUAUCUCCCAAUAGUGAAGAAUUCUUUUAAAAAUUCCUGGAUCCGUCCCCACAUGCCCCCCACCAUGGCAUUCCCCCAUUACUCCCUCCCCGGUG